ACUUGCAGUUAUUAUUACCCUCACCACACUACUCUCUCUCUCUCUCUCUCUCUCUCUCUCUUCUACCACUACUACUACACCCUUCGUAUUCUUCGGGAACUCUCAUCUCUCUCUCUCUCUCUCUGGCAAUGCCUGUCUCUCUGUAGACACAUAUAUCUUCUUUCUCUUUCCACUCUCUCUUAGAUCUUCGUUAGUGUCGCUAAACUGAUCAGUGAUCGUCGACGGUGUGCUCGAAGGAAGCGUAAUUUUCACCUUGCGGAAUGGCUGUUCUGAGGGAAAUGGGGUGAAGCAGAUCGAUCGAUCUUUUGGCCGGAGAUUAUAUCGAUGGGAAAGAAAGGAAGCAGCUGGUUCUCGACAGUUAAGAAAGUUUUCAAACAUUCUUCUAAGGACUCGCCGGACAAAAAGAAGGAGAUUGCGGAGAAAUGGCAGCAACAUGAUGCUCCGGAGGUGGUGUCGUUUGAACAUUUUCCGGCAGAGAGUUCUCCGGACAGAACCAAUGAUGAGAGCAUUGCAUCUACUCCUGCAAACCAUGAAGACAGAGACCAUGCCAUUGCUGUGGCAAUGGCGACAGCUGCUGCCGCAGAUGCAGCAGUAGCAGCAGCUCAAGCGGCGGCUAAAGUUGUUAGAUUGGCUGGUUAUGGACGUCAGUUCUACUCUGUGGAAGAAAGGGCUGCAACCCUCAUACAGUCAUUUUACAGAGGCUACCUAGCUCGACGAGCUCUACGGGCGUUGAAGGGAUUGGUGAGGUUACAAGCAUUGGUGAGAGGCCAUAACGUUCGGAAGCAAGCACAGAUGACAAUGCGAUGCAUGCAGGCACUAGUUCGUGUACAAGCAAGAGUUCGAGCUCGACGACUCCAAUUGACCAAUGACAAGCAGCAGAUUCGUAAACAUGUGGACAAUGAUACUGAUGAUGAAGAAGAAAGAUUAAGAGCAUUGGUAGAGCUGGAAGAAGAGCAUAAGCUGAGAAGUCCUGUGAAGAAGCAUGAAAUGCAAACUAGGCACCACAGAAAUGAAAGCUAUUCCAAGGAAAAUGCCUCGAAGAGACAUGAUGAUGUGGUCCAAAGGGAGAGAGCUCUUGCUUACGCUUAUAGCUACCAGCAACAACAACAGCUUCUACAAUCCUUUCCUCAUGGUAGUGAUUUUGGGCACCAAACCAAUCAAAGUGAUAAGGGCCAAUGGGGAUGGAAUUGGCUCGAGGGUUGGAUGUCAUCGCAACCCCACAAUGCCCGCCACUCGGGAGCACGAGAGACCACUUAUAUGACACCGGCCACUACCAAAACCACCGACGACAACCUUUCCGAGAGGACAGUAGAAAUGGACUCCAUUGCAUAUCCAAGCUUGCGUAGUCAACUCAAUCAAGAGAUGACCAACUCUAACCAGUACUCAGCUCGACAAAGCCAACCAAGCCCGGACAAUGUACCUAGCUACAUGGCACCAACCAAGUCUGCCAAGGCCAAGGUACGAGGUCAGGGCUGGGUCAAGCAGCGAAGCCCUCCCACUCCCCAAUGGAACCCCUCUACAAAGAAAGGCUCCGUAGUCGGUUCGGGUUGCGAUUCGUCAAGUUCGGGUGGAGGACCCGCAAGCUACUUGAUCCCAAAGAGCCCAAGCCCAAAGAGUAACGGGAUACGCGGGCAGGCUAAAUCGUCAUUGGGCUUUAGCCCUGAUUCUCCCCAUGGCGAAGAUUGGGCCCUGCCUCUUGCUGUUCAUGGUUGGAGACAUGAUUUCGGUUAGUUGUGCUUUGAUCCAUAUGUGUGGUACCACGGUUAAAUUUAUUUUCUUACAAGAAAAAAGAGAAAAAAAAAAGAGGUUUGUUAAUAUGCUCUUUUAUUGUUUUAUUUAAGCUGUGUUAUGGACUUUUGUGAGGUAUACAAUAUGCAAUAAAUUAUGUA